AUGCGUUUCAACAUCACCGCUGUUUUCCUUGCCACUCUUGUCGGCACUGGCCUCGCUGCCCCUCUCGCUUCCCGCUCCCUCGUUGGUGACGUUGGCAACCUGCUCGGCGGUAUCACCCAGGGCGUCGUUGUCGACGUUGUUCUCCUUGAGACCCAGCUGGUCUCUCUGCUCGGACCCAUCGUCCAGACGAUCGAGGGUGCUCUUCCCGCCGCCACUACCCUGGCCUCCAAGCUCGUCAGCCUUGUUGACGGCGUCGGCGCUGAGGCUACCGAUGCCCUUGGCCUGAACAACGUCGUCCAGAUCGUUGGUGAGGCCAUCGCCAUGGUUUCCCAGGGCGUUCACCUGGACGCUGUCAACGCCUACCUCAACGCUGCCACCGGCGGUACCAUUGUCAGCCUCGAGGCUGCUCUUGGCAUCAACAACCUCACUCAGGUUCUCGGCCUCUAA